AAAAAUUUUAUUUUCAGAAAAAAAUUAAGCGUCCGGUAGAUCGUUUAAAGCUGUAAGGAUGUGGAUGGAAGGUAUGAUGGAGAGGAUCAGGGUGAAGUCGGAUCAACAGAAAACUCUUCUUGAUACAGCCAAGUCCUUGAGGAUUGCAAUGGCGGAUAAAAGACACUCCUUGGACUCACAAGAUAAGGAAAUUUUCCGUAAAUGUUUGGACACCCUGCAGUCUUCUAUCUCGGUGCGUUCUGCGUCUGGAAUGCUGGAAAAGCUGGAAACCAUCGCUAGGCAAAUGAAUCUUAAAUGUAUUCAAAACUCUCAACCACCGUCGAUCAUCCACCUGUUCAUCAUGUCCGAGCCGUUCUACGUGGAUAUCGUGGUGGACGGGGUUGGUAGUGUGAUGGGGGUUAAUAUUCAUCAUCAAGGGAAAGGAUUAGGGAAUGGCAACUCUGGAACUAUCCAAAGCUGCCCUGAAGUUGUUGAAUGCUUGAAUAAACAAGAUUUUGAUGCUUUCGUUAAACAUCUAGAGGGUCUGAAUAAAGUUUAUGAUCUGAACUGCGCCCUACAGGACAAAUCUAGCGGAAGACAAGUGCUCUGUAAUCUGGAGGAUGACCUCAUGAGGUUGUACAAGGUUCAACAAUCUCAACCCUGGGUCAAACAUCUAAACCAGUUGAUUCAUAAAACUGGAUUGGGAUUAGUAGAAGGAAGAGCAGGAGGUCUUCCAAUGAAGUUAAGAAUAUUCCUGCCCCCCUACCAACUCCUGGAUGUUGAGACUAGGAGAAUGCUACCAAUGACCCAGUCGACCAUUAUCAGUAAAGAUCUAGGUGUAACUUUGACUGUUGGAAUAAAAUCAUCAACAACUGAACAUAUUCUGCCCCUCACUCAAGCCAUAUCUAGCUCAGGUCAAGAUGUACCUCUAGGAAAUGCUAACUGUGCACGUUUACCCGCAUACCUAGUUCUAGAACUCAGUCAACCUCUACCUACCACAUCAGCUAUUAUUAAGAAAAUAGAGAGUAUAACCAGUAUACCUUGGAUACAACCUGGUUCAGACUCUUCACUCUUCAGUCUCAUCUCUCUUCAGGAGAGUAAUGGAACUCUAGACUCAAGAAACAACAGAGGAAUGUUUGUAACUUUGCCUGAUCAGCAGCAUUGCUAUUAUCUCACAGAUACACCAGAGAUGGUCGGUCAAACCAUAACCUUUGUACCUUUCAGGCAUCCAAGCCAAGUGCCUGGAAUAGUAGAUCUGCUACGUAGACAAGCACUAUUCAACUGCCUGAUAUCCUCUUGUAUCCGAAAGAAUAGCCUUGAGGAUGUGGAUUCUAGCACAAUGUUUGAGAUUUCUUGUGUUGAUUCAAACUGUCAGAAUUUGACGAUAAUGUUUGAGGACCCAGUAGAUGAGGAUAUGGCAACUGCUGAAAUUAUGUUAUCAGAUGUUACAUCACCACAGUGUACAGUUCACUUGAGUGGAUUUGCUCAGUCUGGAGAUCUAGGAAUAAAGGCGGAAGGUGGGAUGAAGGCGGAGGGCGGAGUAAAAGCUGAGGCGGAUGCUGCUAUUAGUCGUGUUCUCCUUCAGUCCCUCUCCAUCCCUGUAACUAUGAGAUCAAUUCUUAAGAAGAACCAAGCAAUUACUCGCAGUAUUAAAUCAGAGGAAGAUGGUGGUGGGUUAGGAGGCGAGGCUGGAGAUAUGGAGGAUACAGCUGGAGGACAGGGUGGAAGCGGUAGAGGAGAGGGAGGGGAGGAAGGGGAUGAGGAAGAAGGAAGAGGAGAGGACGGAGGGAAGCUAAAGACGGAAAAUGGUCGAGUACAGAAUCAAGCCAAGAGUUGUGAGCUGGGGGGCCCUGGCGGCGGAAAACUAAAACAGGAACCAAUGGACACAGAGUCGAGCAAUGAUACUGAGUCUUUAAACCGGUUUGGGCCUCAGGGUGUAGAAUCUCUUCCUGGGGCCCUUUCAAUCACAAGGAGUCCGACAAAAGUUCAAUUCCGUCAACCAUUGCAGGCAUCUCACAAUCUUACCUCAGUUUCCAAACGACGUAAAUCUGAUGGACUGGUGGUGGAGCUGAAGGAAGGAGGAUCAAGUUUAUCAUUAUCCAAGGAUUUAGAGAAAAUUCCAUCAGGGAUAUCAAUCUCAAAACUAUCAUCAUCAGAGCCAAAACCUAGGAAAUCAAGCAAGGAUGACGGAAUACUGCCGUUUGUAUCAAUUACUCCAAUUUCCAGUAGGGAUUCACAAGAGCACAGGAUUCAUGGCAAGAAAGAAAACGGAGGAAUAGAAAUCAUUCCGCUAGGAGGAUCCAGUGGGUCUGGAAACUCUAGUAAACUAUCUCAUCUCAAAUCCAAGGUUCGGGAUUUCAAGCGGAGUCUAUCCGAGGACGAUAAACGGAGAAUAGAGAGAAAGGAGAAGAGAAGGCGGGAGGAGAUGAAGCACAGAGCGUCAGUAUCUCCGAGUAAAAUGAAGGAAGAAGAGAGGAACCUGAUCAAGGGAUCAGAGAACAAGCACAAAGAUCCUAAGGCUAAGCUAGCAGGUGUGAUUGAACGAUUAGCAUAUCAGACUGGAGAUGCCGUUGGUAUAGAGAUUAGACCUAGUCCAUCUAUACAGGAGAAGAAGAUUUCAAGUUUAAAGUUGACUUUCAAGAACAUGGAUGGAUCAACUUCUAGCUCCAGGUACGAUGGUUCAAGUUCUGGAUCCAAGUUUAACAGCUCUAAACCUGAUAUAAAGCUCAGCAAGUUAAACCACAGCUCUAGUAAAUCUCUUCAUAAAAUUACAGAGAGGUUUAUAAUUGAGCGAGGACCCGGGAAGAUGGAGGAUAAGAUGAAGAAUGAUGAUGGAGAAGAGGGAAGAAAAGACAACAUUUGUUCUCCCUCAUCACUUCAUGGAUCAAGCCCUGAUGUGAUCACUGAUGUACUACCUGAUGGUAUGCUUGAUGAUCCUGUUCUCCUGACAGACUAGAUUAUUCCUUCUAAUAUUCACCAAGUAAGAUGCU